CCCUAUUUCUCAGCUCCAUCGCCCUGCAUACAUAGACGAGUGGUUGCUCUCGUACCUUAAAAGCCAACUUCAAUAUCAACCUGACCCGAAAUGGACGGGCCAACGUCGACGGAACCGAUUAUCGAGGAUCCAUGUAUCUUGGAGCAUCCACCGCCGUCGGAAAUUGACGGCGGAGGCGGAGUGGAAACUCAGACGGUUCAUAAGACCCCAGAAGAGCUAGUGGCCAAAGCCAUCGCUCCAGUGAAGAGGGAAUAUCUUCGUCCUCCCCCUCAAAGACAUCAUAGUGACGGCAAUAGUGACGUUACCGGACUCCAAAAUGAUGACGCUGCAGAGGCUAAGUCCAAUCCUCUGCUCAAAGAGAAGAAAUCCAAACGUCAACUCAAACGUGAACGUCAUCAGGAACAAAAAUCUCAUCCUAAUCUUUGUCCCAUGGUGGCAAAAACUGGGAAAGUUAGUUCGUGUCCUUAUAGUGAUAAGUGCCGCUUUAGCCAUGAUGUGGAUGCUUUCAAUGCUCAGAAACCAGCUGAUAUAGAGGGUACAUGCCCUUUCCUGGAUAAUGAUGGGCCAUGUCCUUAUGGAUUGGCUUGUAGAUUUGCAGGUACACACAAAGAUGAUCUACCAGUGGAGACUUUGAAGAGUAAUAGGCAUUGUUCUGAAUUAAAUGUAUUGAACAAGGAAACUCAGAAGCUUUUGUGGAAACAUAAAGUGAAGUUCACCAAGGCUAAUGCUGCACUCAAACAUCUUGGGAUUAAGAGUCUGGCAAAAAAUAAUAAGUUUGCCAAUCCAGAGGAAGAUGAUCAAAUUGAUACAAAUGGCUCUUCCACUAUUGAUGACAAUGAAGCUCCUGCUGAUGCUAAUAUCAAACUGGAGAGCUCUCUUCUAGUAACAGGUGAAGAAGGUCUAGAUGAUACUGCUGUGAUUGAAGAUGAUAGACCACAAAAGAAGGCUAAAUCUUCUACUAACGAAACAGCUACUUUCGUUGAUGUUAACAAUGCUUCAAAUAUCCUAGAGAAAGAUCUUCCAAAGAGCCAUGAUGGAGAUGCAUCUGUAGGAACUGCAGUGCUUUCAGCAGCUACAAAUAUCCAGGAGAAUAAUCUUCAAAGGAGCCAAGACAGAGAUACAUCUGCAGCAACCAUAGAUCCUCCUGUUGCAGAGACGGAUAAAAGCCUUAAAGUUCAUCCACGUGAGAAAAAGCUUAUUGAUUUCAAAGAGAAACUUUACCUUGCUCCUCUGACAACAGUAGGGAAUCUACCCUUCCGAAGGGUUUGCAAGGUGCUGGGAGCUGAUGUAACCUGUGGUGAGAUGGCAAUGUGCUCAAAUCUUUUACAGGGUCAAGCAUCAGAAUGGGCACUGCUAAGGCGACACUCAUCUGAAGACUUUUUUGGUGUUCAAAUCUGUGGACAAUAUCCAGAUACAGUUGCAAGAACUGUUGAGCUUAUUGAGCAGGAGUGCUCAGUGGACUUUAUUGAUAUUAACAUGGGAUGCCCAAUUGACAUUGUAGUUAGCAAAGGUGCUGGGUCAUUUCUUCUUACAAAACCGAUGCGAAUGAAAAGUGUCAUAGCAGGGGCUACUGCAACUGUUGAUACACCAAUAACCAUAAAGGUACGAACAGGUUAUUUUGAGGGGAAAAACCGCAUUCAUUCCUUAAUAGCUGAUAUUGGAAACUGGGGAGCUACUGCAGUUACUAUACAUGGUCGAUCACGUCAGCAACGCUACAGCAAGCUUGCUGACUGGGGAUACAUCUACCAAUGUGCACAAACUGCCCCCAAGUCAUUGCAAAUCCUUGGCAAUGGUGAUGUAUUCUCUUAUGUAGACUGGAACAAACACAAAAACGAUUGCCCUGAGCUUUCUACAUGUAUGAUUGCUCGAGGUGCAUUGAUAAAGCCUUGGAUAUUUACUGAAAUCAAGGAACAGAGACACUGGGAUAUUAGCUCUGGGGAACGGCUGGAUAUCUUGAAGGACUAUGUGCGUUUUGGCCUUCAACACUGGGGUUCUGACUCAAAAGGCCUGGAGACUACCAGGCACUUCUUGUUAGAGUGGCUUAGUUACACAUGCCGAUAUAUUCCAGUUGGUCUGUUAGAUGUAAUCCCUCAAAGAAUAAAUUGGCGAUCACCUGCAUAUUAUGGUCGAGAUGACCUUGAGACACUGAUGGCUUCUGAUUCUGCUGCCGAUUGGAUCAGGAUCUCCGAAAUGUUACUUGGCAAGGUUCCUGAGGGGUUUUCAUUUGCCCCAAAACACAAAUCCAACGCCUACGACACAGCAGAAAAUGGCUAAUAUCAAUCUCUUCCUAUCUGCUCUUUCAGAUUGGAGUUUCAGGGGCGCCAACAAGGGCCUGCUUUGCUCAAGCUUUGAGCCGGUCUGCAUUCAUACCUUGCUUUAAGAGAUACUCUUGUAUUUUAGUAAUAAUAUUUUUAAAAUUUAUCUGAGAGCUGUGGGUUUCUGGAAGCUCUUAAAUUUUGGAAUAUGAGGAUUUCUAUUCUUACGGUUGAUCUUUGUAUUGUGACUUAUGAGGAAAUGAAGUGCCUAUUAUUCCUGGGUGUUUUUGGUAUAUU